CGUGGUAUGGCUUCUGAUGCUGGAGGCAAGUUCAGCCGUGGUAAGCCCCACGUCAACAUUGGUACCAUUGGCCACGUUGAUCACGGAAAGACCACCUUGACUGCUGCUAUCACCAAGACCUUGGCUCUUGAGGGUGGUGCUCAGUUCAUGGACUACAACCAGAUCGAUAAGGCCCCCGAAGAGAAGGCCCGUGGUAUUACUAUCUCUACCGCACACGUCGAAUACGAGACAAACAACCGUCACUACGCCCACGUUGACUGUCCCGGUCACGCUGAUUACAUUAAGAACAUGAUUACUGGUGCUGCUCAGAUGGACGGUGCUAUUAUCGUUGUCUCUGCCACUGAUGGUCAGAUGCCCCAGACCCGCGAGCACUUGUUGUUGGCUCGUCAGGUCGGUGUCCAGCGUCUUGUUGUCUUUAUCAACAAGGUUGAUGCUGUUGAUGACCCCGAGAUGCUUGAGCUUGUCGAGAUGGAGAUGCGUGAUCUCCUUGCCGAAUACGGUUACGACGGUGAGGAGACUCCCAUCGUCAAGGGUUCCGCCUUGGCCGCUCUUGAGGGUCGUGAUGCCGAAAUUGGUGAGAACGCUAUCAAGGAGUUGAUGGCUGCCGUCGAUGCUUACAUUCCUACACCCGUCCGUGAUUUGGAUAAGCCUUUCCUUAUGCCCAUUGAAGAUGUCUUCUCUAUCUCUGGACGUGGUACCGUCGCCACCGGUCGUGUCGAGCGUGGUACUAUCCUCAAGGGUAACGAAGUCGAAAUUGUCGGCAUGGGCCCUACCAUCAAGACCACCUUGACCGGUGUCGAGAUGUUCCGUAAGGAACUUGACCGUGGUCAGGCUGGUGACAACAUGGGUGCCUUGUUGCGUGGUAUCAAGCGUGAACAGAUCCGUCGUGGUCAGGUUCUCUGCGCUCCUGGUACUGUCAAGUCCCACAAGAAGUUCAUGGCCCAGCUCUACAUCCUCACCAAGGAUGAAGGUGGACGUCACACUCCCUUUGUCAACAACUACCGUCCUCAGAUGUUCAUCCGCACCACCGAUGUCACCGUCAGCUUGACCCACCCCGAAGGUACCGAAGAUCCCGAUGAGAAGUUGAUCAUGCCCGGAGACAAUGUCGAGAUGGCUUGCGAGUUGGUUCACGAUAUCGCUCUAGAGGAGGGUCAGCGCUUCACUGUCCGUGAGGGCGGCAAGACUGUCGGUACUGGUGUUGUUACCAAGGUUAUCGAGUAAAAAUCUUCUUUUUUUUUCCUUUCUUUUCUUCCCUUUUUUUCCCUUUUUUUCAUAUCAUUCAAUAGAAAUAAUGUAAUUACCCUAUCUUUC